CUUCGACAGGGGAAAUACAAAAACGCAGCUACAUAGAAUAGUAACUAUCACCAUCCCACGAACAACCUCCAGCUCCAUAGUAGUGCCUCCCUUUAUAUUACACCCCCAUUGCCCCCCCUCCCCCCGCGUCACUUCCAUGGUCCGGUUCCCAUGAACGUUAAUCUUCCUGACUGUCCGCCAUGCACCGCUUUCCUCGCGCUGAGGAUUUCAGGUUCGGUGCCGAGUCCCGGCCUGACGGAGGCCUCGGGAGACGCGACUUGGUUCCGAGAUUUCCGCCCUACGAUGAGCUUCCGCACGACAAUAUCGGUUACCGCUUGACCAUCACGACGGCCGUGUUGACGUCGGUGGCUACGGUCAGUGUGAUUGCGAGGAUAUACGGACGGACGUGCAUCCUCAGGAUCAUAGGCUGGGAUGAUUACUGCAUGAUAAUAGCAACUGUCUUCGGUAUAGCAAUGACUACGAUCUGCUUUUUUUCCGUAAAGGCAGGAAUUGGACAGCACAUAUGGGAUCUCCCCGAUUACGAUCUCAAAACCAUGUUGAAGUUCUCCUACUCAUGGACAGUAGCCCACAUCAUCGGACUCGGCUUCACGAAGGCUUCGCUACUCCUUCAGCUCCUCCGCCUUGCCCCGUCACCACGCAUGCGCAUCAUAAUCUGGUCCAUCUUCUGCCUUUCCGGUUUCACCACCAUUGCAACCUUCGUUGCCUGGACAGUCAUGUGCGGGCCGGCCCCGGACGACUUGGACGGAAAAACCGUUCAAGAAUUCUCCGGGGAACACUGCCAAGCGUUCGUGCCUCUGCAAGCCAGCAUGACGAGCGUCAAUAUCUUUACUGAUUUCGUUGUGUGGUUGGUGCCGAUACGGAUGGUGUGGCAGAUCAAGCUGCCGCGGCCCGAGAAGACGGGAUUGCUCAUUGUGUUUUCGUUGGGUGCGCUGGUUUGGGGUGCUAGUAUCAUACGGCUCCUGCGCAUCAUAGGGACGUCGAAGGGCUUCCUGCGUGAUCCACCAUAUCGAAUCGUCACGGUAAUCGUCUGGUCAGCGAUAGAACUCCAAAUGGCCAUCAUCUGCAGCUCGAUACCCACGAUACGUCCGACGCUAAGACUAUUCUUCUCGGGAAUUCUCGGUACCAAUACCAGUGGGCACUACAGUGGGCAGUCGCGGCCCGUCCACGUUAGCAUUUCGACGUACCAUUCGCAGGCCGAAACGUCGCCGAUGGAAAUGAACGGGGCUACUGGUUCCCCGGGGAGAGAGCGGUACUGGGGCUCGGAGCCGAACUCCACAACGGAUAUCCUGACAGGCGCCGAAGCGGUCGGUGUGAGCGCAAAAGAAGACGAGUUGGUUGGUCAGAAGCCUGUAGUGGGGUUAGUAUGAUGGUUUAACGUGUAUAUAGUUGAACAUGUACAUAGUUGAGCGUGUAUAUAGGUAGUUUGCGAUGGCUAUGAAAUUUCAUGCCGAGGCUGCGGUGAUACUCAUUGAGGAGGGCGGACCUCCAUAAGGAAACCAAACCAUGUAUCAUACAUACAACAAACACUCGGCCGAUGGAUCGGAUGAACGGAAACAUUCUGAAAAUAUGGGCAGAAAAGAAUGAAUGCAACCAUGACAGGCGCAGCAUCAAGCCUAUAUUCACGACAUAAAGUUCGGCAAUAUGCUCCAGUAUUGUAUGUAC